AAGCCCAAAACAUAGCACCUUUGUGGAUCGAACACUCCAACAUUCAUUCAUUAUCAAAGCAACUGUCCUCGCCACUAUGCCACUCAACGAAGCAGUGGCUCAGCUUUUUCAGAGAAAGAAACUCAAAGUGUCAAAAAAGAAGCCUGCUCCGUCCACCUCCACAUCAGGAAAGAGAAAAAUCUCUGACUCGUCGGAAGAAAUUUUCCCCAUCCACAUCUGCUGCAACUUGGUGCCGCAAGGGGGAAAAACCCUUAGCUCACCCGCCCCGACCUCGCCACGUCGCCGACGGUCCCAUCCUCCAAUCCGGCACGAAAGUGUUCACUUUGCUCCCCCCUCAACUCGUUCCAAGGGACGAAAGUGUUCACUUUGCUGCUUGCUUUCGCCGUCCCCUUUUCCGCUCUCCAGCUCCGGCGACUUCAUCGUUGCCGCCUCGAACCCAAAGCUCCAUCUGGGUCCGGAUCCAUUCGCCCCGCCUCCUCGUAGGCCAUCUCCAGGUGGAGAGUCCUUUUUUUUUUUGGGGUAGAAAUGGAGAGUUCUGUUCCACUUGGCUGAGCAUUUUGUCUGGAAUUGAUCUUUGGUUUCUGGGUUUGAUCUGCGGAUGAUUGGGGGUGUUCUCUAGAUUUUGCUUUUCAGAGGAAGAAGAGGGUCUGAUUUCUGCUAUGUGCUUGAUUUCCAUAUCCAGGCUCCGAACUUGGGGUUCUAAUUAGGAAAAUAGCUGCCCGGAUGUGGAUGGAAGAAAGAGCAAUGUGCUAGAAUGAAAGUGGUGCAUCAGUGCGAUCAAAAAGUUUGAUACUUGCCGUGAGAUUAUGUCGUCUGCUAGCCUUGGCAACGGGGGAGUUGGAAGCUCAAGGUCUGUCAAUGGCUUCAAGAGUUCAUCGAGUUCUGUUGAUUGGCUGGGCAGAGAGAUGCAUGAGAUGAGAUUGAGGGAUAAGGUGGACCAUGACGAUGACAGGGAUAGUGAACCUGACGUAAUUGAUGGUGUGGGUGCAGAAGCAGGACAUGUCAUAAGAACCACUGUGGGUGGUCGAAAUGGCCAAUCUAGGCAGGCGAUAAAUUAUAUAGCAGAGCAUGUGGUUGGAACUGGUUCUUUUGGUACUGUCUUUCAAGCAAAAUGUAGGGAGACCGGGGAGAUUGUUGCUAUCAAGAAAGUUCUCCAAGACAAACGUUACAAGAACAGGGAGCUACAGAUAAUGCAAAUGCUGGAUCACCCAAAUAUUGUUGGCCUCAAGCACUCAUUUUUUUCAACUACGGAUAAGGAAGAGCUGUACCUAAAUCUUGUACUGGAAUAUGUUCCUGAAACUCUGAAUCGUAUAGCAAGAAACUACAACAGGGUCAACCAGCGAAUGCCCUUAAUCUAUGUGAAGCUGUACACAUAUCAGAUCUGCAGGGCACUUGCCUUUAUGCACAAUUGCAUUGGUAUCUGUCAUCGUGACAUCAAGCCUCAAAACCUAUUGGUGAAUCCCCACACUCAUCAAUUGAAGCUAUGUGAUUUCGGAAGCGCAAAAGUGCUAGUGAAAGGAGAAGCCAAUGUCUCCUAUAUCUGCUCACGGUACUACCGUGCCCCAGAACUCAUUUUUGGUGCCACUGAGUACACAACUGCAAUCGAUAUAUGGUCCACUGGCUGUGUGAUGGCUGAAUUGCUGCUUGGACAGCCAUUGUUUCCUGGUGAAAGUGGAGUAGAUCAACUAGUUGAGAUCAUUAAGGUUCUAGGAACACCAACAAGGGAAGAGAUAAAGUGCAUGAAUCCAAACUACACUGAAUUCAAAUUCCCACAGAUAAAACCUCAUCCAUGGCACAAGGUGUUCCAAAAACGGUUACCUCCAGAAGCAGUCGACCUCGUGUGCAGGUUCUUUCAGUAUUCUCCCAAUCUCCGUUGCACAGCUCUGGAAGCCUGCAUUCAUCCUUUCUUUGAUGAACUAAGAGAUCCAAGCACGCGCCUUCCCAAUGGCCGCCCUCUUCCACCAUUAUUCAACUUUAAACCCCAAGAGCUGUCGGGGAUUCCUACUGAUAUCGUGAACAAGCUUAUACCAGAGCAUGCUCGUAAGCACAACUUAUUUAUGGCUCUCCACUCCUAAUCCUAUGCUACCACACCAUCAUCUAUCUGCCCCCUUCCUGUGUCAUUGUCCAUUGGUCAAAUGAUUAUGAGGCUCUCUUUUGCCGUCCAUUCCUUCUUUCAGUUGUGCGUCCAUGUUUGUUGUUUGUCCAAGUUUUGGGUGCCCAGAGAAAAUUAGCUGUAUUAGGGUUUUCUGUACCGAAAUAUCUCACGACUCUGUAUGAUAUAUUAUUAUUAUUGUGUAUAAUCUGAAGAGGUCUGGUGACUGACCAGUGUAAUGUAAUUUAGUGAACUGAAAUUGAAUGUCUGGAAUGGAGAUGGUGCCUAACUUAUCGUCUUGGUUCAUGUGAGCUUAGGGAGCUGCUCGCUCAUUCAUUUCAUGGUGGUCGCGUGCAUCUAAAGCUAGAUAUUCUUUAGUCGAUUCUUUUGUAUGUUCCAUGGCUGGAUAGAUAGGGA